CCCAAGCAAUAAAAACAAUGUGGAAACUGUAUAAUAGAAGGGGCAGCAAUGGAUAGAAGGGAUGUGAAUGCCCUGAAACAGUAGAAUAGAAAUUGCUUGAAGAAUUCAGAAAUGUACGGUGGGAUACAAAAGCUGGCAUUAAUGGCUGGCUUUGGGCCUGGCCUUCAGGCUUCUGGAGCCUUCCAAGCCUGGCAUUCUUGGCCCCACCCCCAGGAGCAAUCUCUCCCCUCCCCCUCUCCCCCAUCCUUGGGCUGCCAGCCUGCAGUACUGUCUUUGGCAGGCAGAGGCAGUGCGAGGCAGCGCCCGCGCAUUCCCACAGCUGGGAGAAGACCCUGGCGGCACAGGCUUGGCCCCUUUCCCUCCCCUCCCCUCCACUCUGCUCCCCUCCGGUUGGCAACCGGCGUCAGGUCCUGCGGGUCUGGGGGCGGUGGUCUCCGACUCCAGACCCUGGGACUGCGCGUCUUCUCAGCAGCUGCGGCAGCAGCGCCCGUGGCGACGUCACUGCCCUCGCGGCCUCGCACACUGGGCUCCAGCCGGCCGCCGAAUGCCCGUGGACGCGCAUCUCUUCCCAGACUUCCUGCUUCCUGGGCCAGCCAAAGCCGCAGGGAACACCACAAGAAAAUAUCUUCUCUAGGUACUCCCAGGAGGGAGCAUCGUGAAGAGCGAAGGAGGAAGCAAGGAUCAAGAUCAAGGAAGAGUAUGGCUUCCCAAUCUCCUAUGCCUGUCAAGAGGCUGGCCAUUGAAGCAAGUGCCCUCACUGGGAUGGAGAGCAGUAUGUCUCAGCCUGGGACCAGCACUUGUAUAACUCUCCAGGAGGAGAGCUCCCAAAGACCUCUGAUGCUCAGCUUGCCUCCAGCAACUUCAUCUCUGCCAUAUACUCCAGGGACCUUGGAGAAGGAAAUGUCAGCUUCUCAUUCCGGGGAGCUCUAUGGGCCUCCUGCUCUGCCUAUCAUAAGCUCAAGUCUGAUCUAUCCACCUUAUGGCGGUUCUGACUCUCUUCUGCUGCAGCCGCAGGUCCCCAAUACCUCGGACCAAGCUUCUGUUUCUGCUGCCUUAGAGUGGCAGCAGAUGAUGGAAGCUGCUGAGGCUCUACUGGCCCUGAAAAACUCUUCUCGGGGCGCUGCUAACUCCAAGUCCUGUCAUCAGCCCUCCAACCCCCCAGAGAGUAAAGAAGCCACACCAAGUGACUGCUAGAAAGGUGGCUGAAGCUGGAGAAGCUGCUGAUCACAGUGGUCUGAAAAGGUUCUGCUGGAGAUAUUGGACUGGAGCCUUCCAAUUUGCCCAACUCUGUUUCAGUGCCUAUUGGCCAUCUGGGCUACAUCCCCCUGUUGAACUAAGAGCCCAGAGGAGGAGGCAUCGCUAGAGCACUGCCUAUUUGCUACCCUGUUUCUGAAUAUGCGAAAUAGUUUGUGUUCAAAAUGCUUACCAUGCUUUUUAAGCUUUCAGGUGUUUUAUAAGCUUUCAGACCCUUUUGUAGGGCAAUUCUUUCACUGAAGUUGGAUAUUCUUGUAACUCCAUCCCUUGUGUCUUUGGAAGCUGAGGCCUUUUUAUGUGUCUUAUAAAAACAGCACUGUGCAAUCUAAUAUGAUCAGUCUUAGUGGGGUUCUGAGUGGGUUUGUCAGCCAGUGUGUCAUUUGUCCUCUCGUUGCACCUGUACACUUCUGUACUUAUCCAUGCAUGUUU